GAAAUAAGUUGUUGCUGGGCACUUCCGUUUAUUAAAAUGACAGUGUACACCCUAUACAUAUUUGACAGAAAUGGAACAUGUUUGUACUAUACUGAGUGGAAUAGGAAAAAGCAGUCGGGCAUGAGCAAAGAUGAGGAGUUCAAGUUGAUGUAUGGCAUGAUACAUUCCAUUAAGUCUUUUGUGCAGAGAAUUUCACCAACAGAUUUAAAAGAAGGAUUUUCAAGCUUUAGAACUAGCAGAUACAAAUUGAAUUUUUAUGAAACACCAAGUGGUAUGAAGUUUAUCAUGACUACUGAUUUAACAGUGGGAAACAUCAAGGAUGUUUUACAUCAAAUCUACAGCAAUAUAUAUGUCGAAUAUGUGAUACGGAAUCCACAGUGUGAAUUAGGACAACCCAUCACAAGUGAAUUGUUCCAAAACAAACUGGAUGAAUAUGUCAGAGGACUAUCAAUCUUCCCUACAAGGAUAUCAUAACACACUUUUUAUAAUUUACUAUUAGUGUAGCAUAUGAGACACAAGUAAAAUAUCUUUGAAAAAGUUUCAUGUUUAGUAAUCUUUGAAAAGUUAGAGUUUCUUCUCUGAAGAAGCUUGCUUUGAUGUUUCAACAAACUACAUGCACAUGGUGUAAUAUUUAAUUUAACAUACAAGUUUUAAAGUGUAAUAUGAUUGUCUAUGGUUUACUGAUGUUAUUAAAUGAGAUAUAAAUCAUAGAUGAAGUUUCAUGUCAAUAAAAUCAGUCACCAACUAAA